AAAAUAAUAAAUUUGAGAAGAAGAAGGUUGAAUGUUUUGCUGCGGAUUUAUGUGGAAAUCCGGAGGAGAAGAUUUGCAAGGUUUCUAUCCAGUUAGACCUGAAUGUCAACCAGAUGUUCCUAGGACCCGUUUUAAAUCAAGGGCUGGAAAGACUCUAAGUGCUAGAAGAUGGCACGCUGCGUUUACCGAAGAUGGCCAUUUGGAUAUGGAAAAAGUGCUUAGACGUAUACAGCGCGGAGGAAUUCAUCCCUCAAUCAAAGGCGCUGUUUGGGAGUUUUUGUUAGGAUGCUAUGAUCCAGACAGCACUUUUGAGGAAAGGAACAUUCUGAGGAAUCGCAGAAGGGAGCAGUACGGUGCAUGGAAAGAAGAAUGUAAGAAAAUGGUUCCUGUCAUUGGUAGUGGCAAGUACGUCACAAUGGCAGUGGUUCAAGAAAAUGGGAACCCAAUAGACGAAUCUUCUGUAGAAAAUCAAGGAUGGAUUGUGAAAAACACUGUUACAGAUGAGAGAGUGCUACAAUGGAUGCUCUCGCUACACCAGAUCGGCCUUGAUGUUGCUAGAACAGAUCGGUAUCUCUGCUUUUAUGAGAAUGAUCGUAAUCAAUCAAAACUGUGGGACGUUCUUGCCAUAUAUACAUGGUUGAAUCUUGAUAUUGGUUAUGUUCAGGGAAUGAAUGAUAUAUGUUCCCCAAUGAUAAUCCUCUUUGAUGAUGAAGCCGACGCCUUCUGGUGCUUUGAGCGCGCAAUGCGAAGACUAAGAGAAAAUUUCAGGGCAACAGCAACAUCAAUGGGUGUCCAGACUCAGCUGGGUGUGCUCUCGCAGGUUAUUAAAACAGUGGAUCCUCGUCUCCAUCAACAUCUAGAGGAUCUCGAUGGUGGGGAGUAUCUAUUUGCUAUUCGGAUGUUGAUGGUACUUUUCAGGAGAGAAUUCUCCUUCCUUGACGCUUUGUACCUUUGGGAGCUGAUGUGGGCUAUGGAGUACAAUCCAACCAUGUUUGCAACAUAUGAGGAAGUAGAAAACCGAAACGACGCCGCAUCUGAUCCCAAGUUACUAAAACGGUAUGGCAAGUUUGAGAGGAAAUACAUAAACAGUGGGAAAAACGAGCAACAUCGCAAUACGCUUGCUGUCUUUGUGGUUGCGAGCGUUCUACAGACAAAAAACAAACGUCUCUUAAAGGAGGCUAAAGGCUUAGACGAUGUUGUUCAGAUACUAGGAGACAUUGCGGGUAAUCUUGACGCGAAAAAAGCAUGUAAAGAAGCGUUGAAGAUCCAUGAAAAAUUCCUGAAAAAGGCAAUAAAGAUUUUGCUGAAAGCUUCCACUCGACGACUUAUAUAUCGACAGAUACUAAUACAGUUUUUGAUCAGAAAAUUGUUCAUCGCCGCCCAGAAAAUUCUUGAAAGCUACAAGAUGAAAAGCCUCUUGAAAGGGCUCCGAUACAUUUCUCAAGUAUUUGAAAGUGAAAAAGAAGAAGAAAUACAAAUCGGAAAUCCAACGGACGUAAAACAUGUUGCCCAUAUCGGUUGGGAUGGACCAUCCGCUAAUGCCACCGCACCAAGCUGGAUGACUGAGUUUAACUCUGGCGGGGGAUUCGAAUCUGGUGAAGGAGGAGGAGAAGAUGAUUCGUCCAUAAAAUGUAUGUCGGAAUAUGGUGGUCGGUCCAGAGAUUUGCCAAAUCUACCAAAAUCUACGAGGAAAGCAGCGUCCGAGAAAGGUUCUCCGACAAAAGAAAAGUCAUCAGACAAAACUAAACGCCGCUCUUCGAACAAAGGCACAUCGUCAUCGUCUAGGAGACCAAAGGAAGCCACUGAAGAACAAGACGAAUUAUCGUCUUGGCCUCGUGGAUUACCGGAAAUUCCAAAGAAAUCAAGGAGGAAGAAGAAGUCGACGAAAGAAACCGCGGUUAAUGGAGGGUCAUCAAGAUCGACAAGAAGAUCUGAUGUGGAUAAUAUGUCGGAAUAUAUGUCUGAGACUGGUUCGGUGAGAUCUAUGCCUCAAUUCGACAAUAGAGAUGAUUUUUGAGAGGAGAGACGUAUAUAGAGAUUUUGCUGCUCCAAAUGGCUAAUUUUCAUUGAACACACCAAUUGUUAGAUUUUCUUGUUUAUUCUUGUACUAUAUAUUAUUAACUAUGCAAGGAGAAUUUAGACAAAUAUAUUUUACCGCUUUUG